CAGUCGAGCCGCUUAGAUGUCGCUGCAUCUGCUGAUCUAGGCGUUUUACCUAAUCAAUAUAUACGGAAGCUUUCAAAAAUGCAAUGUUCCAAACACUGCUCCAGUUAUGCUUUAUUAUUUCCUUUGCGGGAUUAAAUCCAGCGGGUGGUGAAGUAUUAUGGAAAAGGGGAAUCGACAAUUCAGUUCGAGGAUAUCUUACAGAGAGAACUUGCUGGUGGAACGAAGUAUGCAAAGAAGAAUUUCAAAGCCUCUUCCGUUGCAAAUGUCCCGAAUGGUCAUUUUGUAGAGCACCUGGACGUUACUAUAAUGCAUUUUGUUCUAUGACUUCAACUGGAUAUAUUUGGUCACAACCCGGACUGGACGAAAAAUCAAUGCAAUGAAUUUUCCAAAGAAACUAUUAUGUUAUUAUGUCAUAAUACAAAUUACGCAUAUCGGAAAUAUAAUUUAUGUUUUAACUUA